UUACAAUACGUCAAUACUUCACAGCUCACACAUCACAACACCCGGCAAAACCAUGCAAGAAAGGCUGCAGUUUCGUUGGAUCCGACCAAGCAAAGGUGACGGGGGUUUUAUGUUUGCUAGUCAACCGGCGAGAUACACCAUGCUCCUACUAUUGGCACCGCUGCUCAUUUCUUAUGGUGUUGGCAAUGCCCAUUGCUCGAUAGUUCAUGAUAACAGCACGGAUAUCCUCUCGUUGCUAGAUUUCAAGCGAGCGAUCACCAACAAUCCAAGGCAAGCUUUGAGCUCUUGGAACAUUAGCAUCCCACAUUGCCAGUGGGAGGGCGUCAACUGCAGCCUGACGCACCCAGGCCGAGUCACCGUGGUGAACCUCCGCAACCUAGGCCUGUCUGGCCCAAUUUCCCCAUCCCUCGGGAACCUAACGUUCCUUGAGAUACUGGACCUGUCCACAAAUCGAUUCACUGGCGAGUUACCUCCUCUCAACAGUCUCCAUAGACUGCAAGAACUCGUGCUCCUAGAUAACUUAUUGCAUGGUAUCAUUCCAGAUACCCUUACCAAUUGUUCCAAACUACAAAAAAUAUUCCUAUAUCGUAACCACCUAGUAGGUGAAAUUCCACCCAAUAUAGGCCUUCUAUCAAAUCUAUUGGUCUUAGAGCUUUCGGGAAACAAUCUCACUGGAGCAAUCCCACCAAGCCUAAAAAAUAUCAGCCAGCUAAAAGCCAUAUAUCUUUCUGAUAAUGAGCUCACGGGAACGAUUCCCGAUGAGUUGGGGCAAUUACCGAAUCUUUCAGCUUUAUCCCUUAGUGGAAACAGGCUAUCUGGUGGAAUACCAGAAACCCUGUACAAAAACAAUCAGUCUUUUCUUAGAGCAUUAGACUUAGGUUUCAACAUGCUCGGAACAUCGUUGCCAUCUAACUUUGGUGAUAGUCUCCCGAGUCUCAUAGACCUCCUUUUGGGCUAUAACAACUUUGAAGGUCAUAUCCCAGCUUCGAUGGGUAAUAUUUCUCAGUUGGGCGCGCUAGAUUUAUCAUCCAACUAUUUCAGCGGCCAGAUUCCAAGUUCUCUUGGUAGGCUUGGCAUGCUGAAUUUUCUAAACCUUGGGGGAAACCAGCUUGAAGCCAAGGAUAUGGGAAACUGGGAAUUCAUAACUGCUUUAAGCAACUGCAGUUCCCUGCAAGUUCUCGGACUAGGUGGAAAUAAGUUACAAGGACCUAUACCAAAUUCUAUUGGUAAGCUUUCAUCCGAACUUCAACAACUGGACUUGGAUACAAACGAACUAUCAGGGUCUGUUCCCAUUAACACUGGGAAUCUUGUUGGCUUGACACUUCUAGAUCUAUCAAACAACAGGCUUGACGGCCCAAUUGAAGGGUGGGUUGGGAAGCUGAAAGAACUAACGGUUCUAAUUCUUGAGGGGAACAGUUUCACUGGCCCAAUACCGUCUUCUAUCGGUAAUCUUACAUACCUGACAACAAUCUCACUGGCGGAAAAUGAGUUCGAAGGUCCAAUACCACCUAGUAUGGGAAACCUUGCCAUGCUCACAAAGUUGAACCUUAGUCAUAACGGUUUACAGGGUAGCAUUCCUAGAGAAGUCUUCCAAACUACCUCCGCCCUUACGGAAUGUGUAUUAUCGUACAACAAUUUACAUGGCACGAUACCUACAGAGGUCGGUAGUCUUAAGCAACUCGUUGUGCUGCAUCUCUCAUGCAACAAACUUUCUGGCGAAGUUCCUGGUGCAUUGGGUGAAUCUCAAGAGCUGCAGAUCAUCCUAUUAGACCAGAAUAAUCUCACAGGGAUUAUUCCACAGUCUUUGAGCAAUCUGAAGAGCUUAGUGGUGCUCAACAUUUCACAUAACGAUUUGUCCGGAUCUAUUCCUACAUCACUAGGUGAUAUGCAAUUUCUCAAGCAGUUAGACCUCUCUUACAACCAAAUCCACGGGGAAAUACCAGGAAAUGGAAUAUUUGAAAAUGCUACAGCAGUUUCUCUCAAUGGGAAUUGGGGACUUUGUGGUGGCGCUGUGAAUCUUCAUAUGCCGACAUGUCCUACCAUUUCUUUGAGAAAAGGAAGAAAGUACUACUUGGUCAGAGCAUUAGUCCCUUUAUUUUGCUUCGCGUCACUCGCAAUGUUAAUCUACUUUGUACUCAUGGUGGGGAACACGCCAAGAACACCAUACUUAAUGCUGCUUUCUUUCGGCAAGCAUUUUCCAAGAGUUUCCUACAAGGAUCUAGCUCAGGCUACACAGAGAUUUUCCGAGUCAAACCUUAUUGGGAGAGGAAGCUACGGUUCAGUAUAUAGAGGAAAGUUAACUCAAGCGAAAAUAGAAGUGGCUAUUAAGGUUUUUGACCUUGAUGUGAGAUGCGCAGACAAAAGUUUCAUAUCAGAAUGUGAUGCUUUGAGCAGUAUCAGACAUAGAAAUCUUAUUUCUAUCCUAACAGCAUGUUCAACAAUAGAUAAUGUAGGUAAUGCUUUCAAAGCUGUAAUUUACGAAUUCAUGCCAAACGGGAAUUUGGACACAUGGUUACAUACAAAAUCUGCUGUUGAAGUUAAAAAGAGUUUGGGAUUAGGGCAAAGAAUAAGCAUGGCUGUGAAUAUAGCUGAUGCAUUGGCCUACAUACACCAUGAUAUCACAAGAUCCAUUGUCCAUUGCGAUUUGAAACCCAGCAAUAUCCUCCUAGACGCAGAUAUGAAUGCAUAUUUGGGUGACUUUGGCAUUUCAAACCUCAUCCGUGAUUCUGAGUCAGCAUCAGUUGGACAUUCAAGUUCAGCCUCAACUUCAGAGAGCUCAACUAGACUAAAGGGUACUAUAGGAUAUAUUGCUCCAGAGUAUGCUCAAACUAGUCAAGCAUCAACCUGUGGGGAUGUUUACAGUUUUGGAAUAGUUCUUCUAGAGAUGCUGAUAGGUAAAAGACCAACGGACCCUAUGUUUGACAACGAACUCAACAUUGUCACUUUCACAGAGAGGAACUCUCCAGAUCAGAUACUACAUAUCAUAGAUAGUCAUCUCCAAGAAGAAUGCAAGGAGUUCAUUUGUGCAAGAGCAGAAGAAGGAAAUGUGGUAUAUCAUCAGUGCUUGGUGUCUUUUGUGCAAGUAGCUCUUUCUUGCACGCGUCUGUUCCCAAGAGAGCGAAUUAACAUGAGAGAAGUAUCCAUGAAGUUACAUGCAGCCAGAACAUCAUAUGUUCGAGCCACCACGCGAGUGCAUGAUAAGACUCGCUAGUGAUUUUCGAUGAAUUUCGGAAAAACAAAGUGAUCUUCGGUGGACCCUUCAACUGGUCAUGAUUUAAAUUGCGUGAUCUGUAAUGUGCCAUGGAGCUUGCAUAAGUAACUGAGUCGGAAUGAGUAUGAUACAUUAGCCAUGAGUAGCAUGCCGACUUUGACUAAAUAGUCUGCUAAU